AUGUUGAGGAUGGAAGAAAUAGCCAAUGGCACCAUAACAAGCCAGGGAAAUGGCUUAACUCAGGAUCCAUCAAGCCAAGUUACCAAUGGAAAAGACAACAAUGAGUAUCUCUAUAUACUAAUAGUCAUGUCUUUCUAUGGAAUAUUUCUGAUGGGUAUCAUGUUGGUCUAUAUGAGGUCCAAACGGAAGGAGAAAGAAUCAAAGCUCUUUCUCCUUUAUCAAGAUGAGGAGAAACAAUGGAUGGAAAUCAGGAAAAGUGCAUCUUCAUUGUCUGUAGCCAAGCCAACCCCACCUUGCACUGUAUUUACAGUGCUACAGGAUACCUUUGCAACUGGCAGGUUCUGUACUGAUUGUAAAGGAGCAGAUAGCAGUAUCAGUUCUGAAUCUUCAUCUUCUGAUGUACACUUUACCAUCCAAGAAGAAGUCAUUGAAGGACUGGUUCAGGACAAGGCAGAUGAAAAGCCUGAAGAGCCAACUCAAAUUUCCUAG